AUGUUUGGACACGUACAGCCCGGUCCUCCGGACCCUAUGUUAACUCUCAAAAGGGAUGCAGAUAACGACACAAGCCCAGAAAAGGUCGAUUUGGGUGUUGGUAUCUACCGUAGCGAAGAGGGCAGUUACCAAGAGUUGGAUGUUGUCAGACAGGCAAAAAGAAAACUCGACGAGCUAGACAUAGGACAUGAUUAUGAGUUGACGAUAGGAGAUGCGGAUUUUCUCCGACUUGCCGCCGAAGUCAUGUUUGGCGAGCACAGCGACGCCCUUCAAACUGGCAGAGUUUCUUCAGUUCAGACUAUCUCUGGAACAGGGGCCAACUCUUUGGGAGCGCUGUUCAUCUCGAAAGUCAUGGAACCGAAGCCCAAAGUCUACAUUGGAGUUCCCACUUGGGGAAACCACCUUCCAAUUUUCCAAGACGUCGGCCUGGAAACCGCCACAUACCCCUAUCUCGAUGCGUCAAAACACGCUGUCAACUUUACCGCCCUUCUCGAUACUGUCCGAUCGGCCGCGCAAGGCAGCGUUUUCGUGUUGCAAGGAUGCUGCCAUAACCCUACUGGUGUUGAUCUGAGCCCUAGUCAAUGGAAAGAACUGGCUAGUGAGAUGAAGUAUUACGGACACUUGCCAUUCUUUGACACAGCGUACCAGGGUCUUGGUGACGGGCUUGACGAAGAUGCCGCAGGUGUACGCGUAUUUACAAUAGCAGGUAUUGAGAUGCUGGUUUGUCAGUCAUUCUCAAAAAACUUUGCGUUGUAUGGGGAGCGAUGUGGCGCCCUUCAUUUUGUCGGCAACUCGCAGAAGGUGGUUGCGAAUGUUCAAGAUAGACUUCGAAGCUUGAUAAGGCACACGUACUCAUCAGCCCCGGCCUACGGUAGCCGUCUUGUCAAGAUCGUACUUAAUGAUACUGAUUUACGGAAGGAGUGGAAUUUAGAGAUUGAUGGCAUGAGAACUCGUCUGAAGAGAAACCGCCAAACCCUGCACGACGAGCUCGCGCUAACCCUCAAGGCAUGUUGUUCCGAAAACAGGCAUACACCCGGAGACUGGUCAUAUCUGACGAAAGAGAAAGGAUUGUUCUCGUGUCUCGCACUUUCACCAUCUCAGUGCAGGGAGCUCGUCGAGACGUAUCAUGUUCAUCUGCCAGGAUCUGGAAGGAUCAAUGUCGCUGGCUUGAGCGAGGAAAAUGUGAAGCGCGCAGCACAGGCCAUUGACAAAGUCAUCAGGCAACAUGUGAAUGGGAGGCUCUGAGUCCGCCAUUUAAGUCAGAGAGGUUCUAGAGCUAUGGACGGCUGUACCACUUGAUGCAAUAUUCUGUCCUUCCUAUUUAUCAUUAUAGGUAUCAACAAUAAC